GUGUUAAAGAUUGCAAUCUGCCCCCUUCCUUCCCGGUCACCAGCGCAGGUUUCUUUCGGUUGUGUUGCACAGCAUUGCUGCUUAUGCUGCUGCUGCCUUCGUUACCCGAGUAUUGAGCUACCAGCUGACCUACUUUCUCUGCUCUCAGCCACUCGGUCCUGUUUACAAGCCGCUGCCAGCGGAGGAUGUGGAGUACAGACCCUGGAAAAAAAAGAGAGAGAGAGAGAAAGACCGCAACUACAGAAAAAAAGCCACGAAUCAGAAAUUUGGUCCUCUGUUGUUGAUAAAUUAGGACUGUCAAAGCCGCAGAGAGCUCACCGGCGAUUAAUAACAGCACGUUAUUAACUUAAGGCGCUGUUAUGCAAUUUAACGCUUUCAGCGCUCUCGCCUGGUUAGUCAGAGGCUGCUGAUUGCGCUCGGCUGCUAUGCUGUAGUUUUUACAUUUUUUUCUUUUAAAAAUGACUAGUUUGGUUAAAGUUAAGUGUGGAUUCGGAUUUCUGCUGGAGACCUGUUUUCAAGGAUUUGGCUUUUCUUUAAUUGAACUGAGGAGGUGGUGGACAACGGGAGCGUGCUAAGUUUUUCUAAAAGAGCGUUCAGACGAGGACGGCGCGGAUGGGACUUAAAAGACUUCAGAAAGGGCCUGGUUGGCAGAAGGAGUGAGUAUGGACAACCUUUCUGAUUUUGGAGGCCCCUGUCCGUCUGGCCGCAGGGAAUGGGACACCAAUAGCUGCAUGGACGAUUUAAUGGAUGAAGAUGAGAAGGACAGGGCAAAAAGGGCAUCCCGUAACAAAUCAGAAAAGAAAAGAAGAGACCAAUUCAAUGUGCUCAUCAAAGAGCUGUGCACCAUGCUGCAGGGUCAGGGCCAUCCGCGCAAGAUGGACAAGUCCACCAUAUUGCAGAGGACCAUCGACUUUUUGCAGAAACAGAAAGACAUCACUGCACAGAACGACACCUGCGAUGUGAGGCAGGACUGGAAGCCUUCGUUUCUCAGUAAUGAGGAGUUCACUCAGCUAAUGCUGGAGGCCCUAGAUGGUUUCUUGGUUGCAUUAACUACAGAUGGUAACAUCAUAUACGUGUCUGACAGUGUUUCCUCACUUAUUGGCCAUUUACCGUCAGAUAUGGUGGACCAAAAUAUCUUGAAUUUCCUCCCGGAGCGGGAGCACGGGGAGGUGUAUAAGCUGCUAUCAUCCCACAUGCUGAUGACUGACCCCAUUGCUGCUGACUUCCUUGACAGUGAGGCACAUAUUGAAUUUUGCUGUCAUCUAGCUAGAGGUAACAUGAACCCAAAAGAGCCACCUGUAUACGAGUAUGUCAAGUUUGUUGGAGAUUUCAAGUUUCACAACCAUGUGCCUACGUCGUCUUGUAAUGGGCUCGAGUUGACGUUACCAAGGAGUCUGCAGUCAUCUCUGGAGGAGCAGGUCUGCCUCAUUGCUACCGUGCGAUUAGUCACUCCGCAGUUUCUGAAGGACUUGUGUAACGUGGAAGAUCCCUGUGAUGAAUUCACCUCCAGACACAGCCUUGAAUGGAAGUUUCUGUUUUUAGAUCACAGAGCCUCGCCAAUCAUAGGCUAUUUACCCUUCGAGGUUCUUGGAACUUCUGGCUAUGAUUACUAUCAUGUGGAUGACUUGGAGCUCAUAGCCCAAUGUCACAAGCAAUUAAUGCAGUUUGGAAAAGGUAAAUCCUGCUAUUAUCGAUUCCUGACCAAAGGUCAGCAGUGGAUUUGGUUGCAGACUCACUACUACAUUACUUACCACCAGUGGAACUCCAAACCUGAGUUCAUUGUCUGCACUCACACUGUUGUCAGCUAUGCUGAAGUGCGAGCUGAAAGAAGGAGAGCGUUUGGCCUUGAAGAUCUGUCGCCACCUGAGAUAGCCCCGUCCUCUGUAAAGGCUCAAGAGCUCUAUCUGGACAUCUGCUCCACACUGGACGCUCCACGGGACAGAAACAGCGGUGCACGUUCGGUGUCCUCCCACAGCUCCCGGAAGUCCUCCCACACAGCGCUGUCAGACUCUGCAUCAGCAAACUCCUACACUGAAGCCUGCACACCAUCGUGGCAGUCUGCUUCCAUUGGGCCUGAAAAAACAUCUGCCAGAUUCCAGCCAAGCAGUUCAAAGAAUUUGGCACAAAGACAAAAUUCCUUUGACCUUGUUUCCCCAAUGAGCCUCCCCCUUUCUCCUACCUGCAGCAAGCACUCCGCAAUGCAACAGCAACCACAGCAGCAGCAGCAGCAGCAACAGCAGCAGUCCUCCAUCUAUCAGCUGCAGCAGCCGCAGCUCGGUGUCAUGAACCAGCUGAAGGAACAGCUGGAAGAGAGGACGCGCAUUCUGCAAGCUGACAUUAAAACACAACAGCAGGAGCUGCACGACAUUAAGGAGAAGCUUCAUCUUGCUAACCUACAGAUGUUGUUACAGCAGCCUAUCAACAAUGACUUUAGUCAGGCCCAGCAGCAGCAGCAGCCUCAGCAGCAACAGCAGGGCCCGGGAAGGCCUGCCCAGCAGAGUCAGUCUGGGGUCAUCAGACAGCUGUCGGGCCACCCUAAACCAGUCUGCGGGGCUCACAGCUCAUCCCCACACUCGCUCCUGAGAGAAAACAGCUCACCUUCAACGCAGCCGAGGAUUUCCCGGAGUGGGCAGGCUCAGUCAGUGAGUUUGCCAGUGCAGACAAACACGAGUCUGACGAUGCCCUUCUACAGCAACCCCAUGAUGUUCUCUCAGACCAACACGAGGCCUCAGCAAGAUGCAAACCAAAGACACCCAGACAACCAGUUCAGCCAAGAUGGACAACUACGAAUGCUUCUCAACCAACCAAUGCAGACUCUGGUUCCCACCAGCGUCUCCUCGCAGCCUUCCCAGUGCAACAUGGGCAUCUCCCCAUCGAUAUACACCUUGGAGCAGCAGAUCCUCGCCCCCUCAUUCCCCAUGCAACAGGUCAACUGCAAUGCCGUCCUCGUGCCCUCACCGGUCUUCACGUCUCCGAUAAUGAUCCCACACAACAGCUUCAUCACGCACCAGUCCCAGUCAGCCUACCACUCGCAGCCUCAGACCUCUCAGCACUCCCUGCAGCUCCAGCAACCACAGCAGUUCUUUCAGAUGACUCAAGGACUCGUACACGGUGGAUCUACUCCAGCAUUCUUACACACCACUAAUGUGCCACAGCAAAGCACUGUGGGAUACAUUCAACAGCCACUAGCACAGCAGCAGCAACAGGCGCCGCAGCAACAGAGGCAAUACCAACAUUCCCAAAACCAGACUGGCAGCGUUUCAGAAUAUCGAAACAUGCUGACUCGGUAGCGCUGUGGACUUGACCGGUGUGCUGAGAUCUGCCUCUGUGACGUGGCCGUGAAGGUGGAAGCACUUUGUGUCACGUGGGAGUCAAAGUCGAUGACAAGUUGGUUAAAAGUGGGGAAAACUGCUUGUUGUGAUCUUUAGAUGUGAAGCUGCCCUUUCCAGAUGAAGCAGGCCUUUUACGUCACUGGCGAGAAACCACAAGCAGAGAUUGCACUGACCCGACGUUGAACAUCGGGGACCCGAAGAAGUGUGAGGUGCUGAGCCUUCAUCUGCAGGCUACGUCGCACUCAGUGGGUCCAUCAGUGAAACUGCUGGGACGAGUGGUUUAUCAAAGCUCUUAAAAAGAAACUUUUUACAUGUUUACACGUGGAACAUUUUUGUCUAACAAAGUUUCCUUUAAGUGUCUGUUCACACUUAGGUACCACCUCCUACUCAAAAGUAGAGUAUUUAUUUUUGCCCAAUAGUUGUUUAUUUCAUUAACUAAUGGUGAGAUUCUCAACACCCCUCCCCCUGGCGACAUAACUUGAGUGAAAAUGACAAAUCUCACAAUGGGAUUUGUGUGCAUGAGAACUCUACAUUUCAGUUGGCUCCCAUAUUGUCCCCAAAACAAGGUAUGUUCAUGGUAGGUCACAUGACAGGGGCUUUACGGUGAAACAUGCAGUGGUAAAAUGACCAUCAUAUCAAAAAGGGUUGGUAAAUACUAAGAUGUCACACAUGCUACAGGAGCAUGCUCCAGUUUUUAGUAAGGUCUAUCUAGAUUUUUAAAGCCUCAAUCUGGGACUGAAGAAGGGGUGCUGCAGCUAUUGCACCACUUCCUCAAAAAGAACGACAACAGCAGAUAUUUGAAGUUACAAAUUUUCGGUGCUUUUGAUGAGCAGUGCGGGAUGAGCCCUCUUUUGAUAAACAACCUACCGAGUGAGUGGGGGGGGGGGGCUUAAAAAAUGUGCCUUCAGCCGUGGUACAUCCAUGGCGCAGUUUGAUGGUUUUGUCUGAUUACGGCUUUAAAAAUCCAGCUCAGGUCUAUUUGGAAUACAAAGUUAUAUUUUCAUAAGGUUAUAAUUUAUUAUUUUGCUGCAUUAGAGUUAAAUACAAAAUCCUAGAUUUGUAUUGGAUAUAUGACAAAUAUAUAUUGGAAGAUUAAGGUCCCCGGCUGUAAGGAUAGUGUCUCAUUCGCAAGUUGUCCAUUUCCUGAAACCCUAAUGAAAUCAUUUCAUUUUUAUUUAUUACACUUAUAAUUGAAACACUACAUGGGAAUUUAAUUUUUUUUAAACACAAAGGUUUGAAUUGAGUUUUGUCUGUUUGUGUUUGUGCUUUAAACAUUGAAAGGUCAACACUGGUCCUUGUGUCUUGCCCUAUGAGUUUCACACAAACCGUUUUCAGUUCUCCAUUCAUCUGUAUGGGCCAGCUGUGGUUUUACAAUACAAAGCAAUGCAGUGUAAGUUGAGUGUAAGCUUGGUGAUUUGAAUACAGGGUGGCAAAGUUUUGGGAUUUUCACCAGAUGACGAUGGUCUCAGGAAGCGCACGUUCCAUGAUUAUUACACAAUUAUUGUUAUCGGUUACAUAAUAAACUUCAAUUUUCAAUGUAAAUAUUGGUUUAAAAAAAAGAAAAAAUUAUUCACUUUUAAAAAUAAAUAUAAAAAACAUGCAGGUGAGAUUCUCUAGUCUGCUGUGACAAGGCCAUUGCCAUUAUUAACCAUCAGUUGUUACAUCACGGUAUAACACGAGAACGCUGUACCUGCACAGCUCUGUUUAAAUAUCUUCGAAACAGUGAAAAUUAAUUUAAGACAUAAGACAAUUUCAUUCCUGUUUUUGUCUCUUUGAACGUCUGGGAAGGAAAACAAAGUACGCUCCAACCGUGACCACGUGACCUAAGUUAUUAGCAUCUGAAAAAUGCAGACAUGGAAGUACAGCAGCCUCUAUUGCAUUAAAAAAAAAAAGCCACCCAUUUCACUUUAUUGUAUUCAUGCAUGAGAAACUGUCUGCAGAUCUGGAAAGCAGUCCUGGCACCAUUCCAGGAUGUUCCAAUCUUUUUUUUAUGCAGUCCUACGUCUAACCUUUUAUAUUACCGUGCUUUUGCAGCGACGUGUCCAACUGCAGUCCUGUGUCCAUCAAUUCAAAUCUAAAGCUAAAUGUAAACAUGCCCUUUGGCUGAAGUUGCAAAUCCGCAUGGUGUGUUGUCAGAUUGUGACACGAUGACUUCACGAUGAGAAGAAUGGAGUGCGUCAGUGUAGACAGAUUAACGGUAGAACCACAUUGCAAAAGUAAACUCCAUAAAGAACAUUCAUUCAUCUCUUAUCUUGUUAAUGACAAUCUCACACAAACUGCCUGUGCGUUCCCAGUACAGCUCUGCGUUUCCUGAAAUUCUCACUGUGCUACACUUUAUUUAAAGCAGCCUGUGCGGCUCGAUACGACAGCUUGGUCUCCACACCUCGAAGCUGAAGCUACUGUACUGGUGCUGUUCACGUUGGAUAACAAGAAGCAUCCGUCAGAACACUUUGAGCAUGUCCAUUCAGUGCCGUUUUACACUUUUCUAUGUGCAAUGUCAAACUGAAGAGAAGAAUGUUAAUUUAUAGUUUUAAAUAUUUCAGAACAGAUGUAUAUAGAGGUGUAUAAUAAGCCGCUGUACCAUGUAAUUUAUAUGGAUAUAUAUUUUUUAAUGAAAAUGCCCUAACAUUCCCUUAACCGUUUAUAUCAGCAGUAUCUUUCUUUAAAGGGUGUCCACUAUACACUACGACUGCAGUGAUCACACUUUAUAGUCUGUCUGCAUGGGAAUGUGGUGCAGAGUGGUAGCUCCUCACAAGCACGAGGCAUGAGGUGAAACACGAGAGCCUAACAAAGAAGCUCUGUAGUAUCAUGUGUUCAAAAUAACGAAGAGAUUAAAUAAAGAAGAUGAAUCCUUAUUGUGGGGUGCAGAAACAGCUCUCCAACUGUGCAGACUUCACACAGUAAUUCAGCCAAAAAAAAGGGGAAAAAGUGCAAUUGUACAGGAUUAUCAAAAUACUUCUGAUGGGUAAAAUCAAGUUUCAUUCUCCAUUUAUUCAUGUCUAUGCUUCUACAAGUGUGGCAAAGAAAGUAAAGAUGUUACUCAGCAGUGCAGAGGUGCCAUAGACAACUAUAGCUGUUUUCUUUCAUUAUUCAAUAGUUAUCAAUACCAUACUUUCAGACGGUGGUAGUAAAAUCUCUCCUUGAGUUAAUUUUACAGAAUCCAGGAAAUAUUUCGGUCCAUGUCUUUAUACAAAAUUGUUGUCUUGUUUGCCUUGCAGAGGUGGUUGAGGGAACUGCUGUUCAUUGAAACGCCACUGUGCUCAAUCGCGAUGGUUUUGCUCUGGAUGCGAGACGAUGUUUCGUGUUUUUUUUUUGUUUUUUUUUUCUUUUUCCUUGUAGGUGUGUAUUGCUUCGUUGAAGUUGUAAAUAAUCCAUCCACUCAGUCAGUACUGUUGUUCCUUUUAGUCAAGUUUUAAUGCUUUCCCCAACAGUAGCUACCUUUUUAUUUUGAUGUCUGCACCUUUCACAAUGCUCUUCUUCCUCCUGGAUGUUGCCAUUGAGUGUCACUGUUUUUGAAGGUAUGUGAAUUUAAUCACAUUUAACUUGUAUUUUCCUUUUUUUCUGAUCUGUAAAAUAAUGACUGACACCCUCAGUGUGAGAGUGGGCAGUCAGGUCAAUGCUUUCUGUGUGAGAUUUGCCAGGACAUGAACAAAAUAAACCUGGUAUUCAGCCA